ACCUCUGUGAUGGUUGUGACUUUAAAGAAUACACUAUUAUCCUCCCUCUCCUGAAACACAAUUCGAUCAAUAGGACAAUAGCAGAAAAAGAGUUCCGUGCCCUAACAUUUACCUUACUCUUUCUAGGAUCGUUAAGACGAAAGAUCAAAGAGAUUUCGCCGCAUGCUCCAUCCAGUACUAUAUGGUAUAUCGAUAGCCGACGGCUGCCACUCUGAGAGGUAUCUUCAUCCCAUCCACGGAUUCUUGUCGUGAAUCUGACUGUCGCACGCGACGUAUGAUAUCUCGUGUUUGCCGAGCGGAUGUCCCAAGAUCGGUUGAAGGGCGUUCUCCAAAACCCGUGAAGAUCACAGAGUCACAGAUGAAACGGAGAGGCGCCGGGCGUGGGAGAUACCACUCGAUAGGCUUCGACCACGUGGCCGCAGCUGUUCACCGGGGAUUUGCGAUCGAGGGUGCGAGAUCUGAGUCUGACUGACGUCAGGUGAUCCAGGUGAUCUCGUGGAGAACGUGCCGAGAACUUAAUUUGACCAUCGCAUCAUCAAGAGGAGAUAAUGCAUCGCCAUAUAGUUUGACAACUUGAAAGAGUUUUGCAGCAACGUCACAAGCAGAAGCAACAGCAGCGAUCUGUCGACCAGUGUUAGUCAAGAUGUGCGACCGGCGGAAACAGGCCACCGUUAUCAUCGGCAAUGUGUUGAUCUAUACCUAUAUUGUUACCGCCAGCCCGAUCGAUGUUCCUCAAUUUCAACCGGGAAAAAACUACUGUAAACACGACGAUCAGAACAACCACCGCUGGACAAUCAACAAAAAUAACAGACUAAAAAUCAACAAACUGGCCACGACUAAACCAUCAUCGUCGACUAUAACGAAGCUGAAACCUACUAAGAUCACUAGUACGACAACGAAGACCACUAGAUCUGAAUACACUAGUACCAUGACGACCACGAAGGGAACGAAGCCAUUAUCGUAAACUGUCUGUUCAACAGUUAGCGUUACGAGACCAAGAUCCAGCACGACAAAAUCAACAUCCUUGACGAAGCUUCCCGUGAACACGUCCAGUAUCGUGGAGAUUACCACAAGCAUCUCGAGUUCGAUAUCCACGUUUACCGUUAGAAACGAGAACACCUCGACCCACGUACCUUCUACCAAAGAUCAGAAUGUUAAUCACACCCUCGAGGAGAUCCCGUUGACUACUUACUCGCCAGGAUUAGUAACGUGGAGUUCCAACUCUGAUGAAGUUUUUACAAAGGCGUCCAUCAAAACGAUUUCAUCAACAUCAACAUCAAUGUCAACGCCAACGUCAACCUCAACGUUAACGUCUACAUCAAUGAACAAGCGGAAACUGAUUGGUCGCCGAUAACAAAUCCGGAUGGCUGGAUAAUGAUUCAGUCGCUUACCACCAC